AUGGUUCUUUUAAUCUCGUUAAACUCUGCCAUUUUUCAUCAACGAAAAUCAACCCCCGAAACUGGUCGCCACUCGACAACGCUCCACCUGGCUCCCUUCAAACUGGUCCUGGUCUCCCGAAAACCCCGUUUGCAGGAUAUCGCCGACACGUUCGAGGGCAACUUCAAGGAGCAAAGUGGAUUAAACUCUAAUUGGCUACCUGUUAACCCAUCGAAGGUUCCCGAUCCGCGGCCCGGUUCGUGCCACAACGACUCCCGGACGCUGCCCGACCUGACGCUCAACUUCAAAAAGACGCACUCACUGAUGGAUGAAAAUGUGCCAACAUUUUUCGGUUCGCCGCUCCUGUCCCGCGUCAGCACGGUCUAUCGGUUCACCGCCAUCGCCGUCGAUUCGCAGAUUAAAACCCCGGGCGGAAAAACGUAUGAUGUGAUUUUCGUCGGUACAGAUCACGGAAAAAUCAUCAAAACUGUGAAUGCAGAAUCUGCCGACUCGAGCAAAAAAGUCUCCUCGGUUGUAAUCGAGGAAAUCGAUGCCCUGCCAACGAGCGAACCGGUGCGGAGCCUGGAGAUUGUCCGGACCAUGCAAUACGACACGCCAAAGGACGGAAGUUAUGAUGAUGGAAAAUUAAUUAUAGUCACCGAUACAACCGUGAUAGCGAUUAAAUUACACCGUUGCAGCAGCGAAAAGAUAACAAGUUGCAGUGAGUGCGUCGCGCUGCAGGAUCCGUACUGCGCCUGGGACAAGAUUGCCGGCAAGUGCCGAUCGCACGGGGCCCCGCGGUGGUCCGAGGAGAACUACUUCUACCAGAGUGUGGCCACCGGAGACCACGCCGCCUGCCCCUCGGGGAAGAUGCCCAAGGACGCCAACGUGGAGAAGCAGGGCUAUCGAGGCGACAUCGACUACGACCCGCAGCGUCCAAGCAAAGACCAACCGGGCAACGACAUGAUCAGCAUCAUGCAGGACAAGAACGGCUACGAUGACAAGGGUGGCCCGCAGAUCACGCCCGAUCUGAUCAACGCCCAGUACACGGUCGAAACGCUGGUGAUGGCCGUCCUGGCGGGGGCCAUCUUUGCCCUGCUGGUGGGCUUCAUCACGGGGUACUUCUGUGGCCGGCGGUGCCACAAGGACGAGGACGACAAUCUGCCGUACCCGGACACGGAGUACGAGUACUUUGAGCAGCGCCAGAACGUCAAUCGGAUACAAACCGAGCCGAAGCUGCUGCCGCAGGUCGAGGAAGUGACCUACGCCGAACCGGUGCUGCUGCCGCAGCCGUCUAGUCAGAACAAGAUGCAACACUCGCCAAAAAAUACACUGCGGAAACCGAUGGUCGGAGGCCAUCAUCACGCGGGAGGUGGCGUCAACUCGGAAACGCUAUUCCAGUUCCAGCCCGAUGGCUACAACGCUCGUGACAAUUACCGAGGUCGCGACAACUUCGGCACCCUCCGAUCCCACCAACCACCACCACCGGAACCGCGCUCCCACGGCAGUAACGACGCAAGCACUAGCAAAAACAAUAACACCAUCACCAAUGCGAUCAUCCAAGAUGGCGGCGCCAGGGCCACCACAACAGAAGCAGUGAUUUUACGGAACCGGAACAGCCAAAUCAGCACCGGCAGCGGCAGCGGAGCCGAGGCCCACCGGAAGUUGAACCGCCUGUCGACGUCGUCGUCGCUCUCGAUCAUCACGCCCCCAACCACGCCGAAGCGCCCCGCCGGCGGAUCCCGCGGCAAGAUGGCGUUCAGCCUGUCGUUGGUGCACAACUUUAACCAGAAGCUGGCCAGCCUUAACGACAAGUGGAACGACUUUAGCUUCAUUCUGAAGGGCAGCAACGCGGGCGCGACGGGUGGCCGGAACGAUUCGUACCACUCGAUCGAGUCGGCGGUCACGUGCACGGCGACGGACCUCGAGGCGGGCAACUUUAGCGGCGGCGGCGGUGGAGACGAUCCGGGACAGGGUGGCUCCAGAGGGUUGUGGAACAGUAGCGGCAAACAUCACCAACAUCAUCGGCAUCACCAGAAACCGUACGAGCGGCGCCACAAGCAGCGGCGCUCCUCGCCACGGCGCAACAGUGCCAGUGGCGACCCGAAAGAGUUCGACAUGCUGGUGCUGCGGGCCCCGGAUGACAACGGCGAGGACAACGAGAGUUUCUAGAAAGAGAUGCGAAUAAAAAGAAAAUGGCUUCCAUAUCGAGAGUGUUUUAGGGUGUUUGUUUACAUAUUCGCUUGUGCUCCGCCACCCACUUACCACUCUAGGGGUAUGUCUGGGGGUAUGGGCAACUGUGUACAGUAGAGGCGCUUUUGCUGUGUGCGCGCGGGCUUCGCAUCAUCUGUCAUUCUUUUGAGUGAUGGUCGUCAGAAGAAAACAAGCACAAACGCUAGGCUUACUUGCGAGUUAUUACUACCGCGACAGUGCGGAAUCGAGACAAAACACACACACAUUUAACCAAACCACAUUAGGGCGCGUCGCCAUUAGAAGAGAAGGGCUUUUAUUUCUGCUCGUUUUUCGCUACACUAAGUUAAUGCAUUCUCAUUACGCAUCCAAACUGAUAUUAGAAACUCACUGAUAAACAAACAAACAAACAAACAAAAAAGGGUAUAGGAACUAGAAUCUGCAGUUAUUUAAGUGACACGUGUACAGUAUAGGCUAAGCAACAAACACUAACUACUAGCGAGGAAGAGACAACAAACAAAACUAUCAAAAAAAAUCGUAGCAGGCGCGGCAUGUCCUGAAUCGGAGAAGUAUUACACACGCACGUGGUUCGUAGUAGGUCGUGACCACACCUCCUUUAAUGCCAAAUUCGCUGGAGAUUGUCAACGGCGAUAGCGCAGUUGGCCAUGGUUCCGUCGUAAUUACGUCCUUUUUCUUAGUAAGUGCGUGUGCGCGCGCGAGAGUGAAAUGCAAUAAGUUCGAGAAUUCUUUUCGUUUUUAAGUAGGUGAAGAAAACAAGAUCUGGAAUUAGUUAAAUUUUUAUAUCGUUACUUUUUAGUUGUUUUCUUUUGUUGUUAUGCACUUUUCGGAUAUAAAUUCAUUAGCUUUGUAUUGCAUCUGCUAUAUUAUACGUAAGUUUGUUUUAAGUAAGUGAUUUUGAAUACAACAUGCAUUUUUGAAAAGACUUUAGUUGUUUCGUGCUUUUGGACUCUUCCAAGGUUUUAUAUUUCAUUCUACAAGUAGUAAGUCGAAAUGUAUAUUUUUACUAGUUUGAUUUCGCAAAAUUAUAUUUAUUUCAAAUAAAAAAACAAGAAUCAGAGAAUGCAAACGCAGCACUUGUAUUUGUUUCAUGGAUUUCAUUAGAACCGAAAUUUUUUUCAAAUUAAAAAUUUAUUGAGUUGCCAAAUUAUAUUUUCUUUUUAUUUAUUUUCAUAUCACAAUUCCUUCGUUGAUUUCACUUUACUGUGUGCUUUUGUUUUUUAUUAUUUUGUUUCAUGCUUGACGACAACCGCUACGUAACGUAUACAAAAAAGUCAAUUCAAACAUCCAAUACUCUAGGAUUGCGUGACGUAGAUAGAGAUGCCAGUAGGUUGAACUUUUUACCCCCGAAAAUAAACUGCUUUCAAGCAAUUCUUUGUGAAAAUAUGUUUUCUCAUAAAAGAUAGUGGACAUUGUUUUGUUAUUUUAUUGCUGAUUUGUGUUAUGUGUAUAGGCAUAUUAGUCUGAACUUCCCAGUUUAUUCUUGAGAUUAAAUCCAAAUUCAGCGAUUUUUAACUUCAUGACCAUGUUUUAUUACAAAAACAAUAUUCACAACUGUCUACUACCGCCAUAUUGGCUGACAUCUUGAAUUAGAUCAUCCCAGAUCAUUUCUGGAGUUUUUUUAAGGUCCAAUAAACAAUUUUUUGAAUAUUUUUGCUUUUUGAGUGUUUCCGUUUCGAAAAAUCAGAGGGCAAAAAAAUCUUUUUUCAAAAAACUUUUCAAUUACAACGGAUUUAGAAGUCAAAUGAACUGAAAACAAUUUUAAAUGCAUUUUCCUGCGUUUAAAAUUAUAUGUCAGAGAUCGAUUAAAACUACUUUGAAUUUUUGUAAAGUUCCGUCGUACAGUACAGCAAAAAGUUUUGUUUUCGGCGAAAAAAACUCGUUGGUAGUUCGAUAUUUUAAAAAUUAAUUAUUGCAAGACAACUGGGCAUGAGUAAAAUACAUUUUAAAUCCCUUUUUUCAUUCAAAAAGAAAAUCUUUUGACGAACAUCAGGAGAAAAAAAUCGGAAGGGAACAGUACUCGUGCACGAGAGAUCGGUAAAAAGAAACUAAAAAAAUCAACAUCUGGAUUAUUCAGCGGAACACCGAUUUCACUUGUACACCUUCACGUUGUUUAGUGAUGCUAACGAUGAGAUUCACAGAAAAUCUUCUACUGAUUUAUUUUCUUCGAGAUGAUUGGGAGCGAUUUUUUGGCAUUAUUAGUUUCCUGGAUCUAAAUGAAUCUCACACCAUUUCGUGGAAUUCUGAGUGAAAUUUGCUUAAAUUUGACAGUUGCCCCAUUUACUCAGUGUUGAGUAGUCUCUAUUUAGACGAGUUUUUGACUGAAGCUCUUUGGAUUAGAGUUCAUCUCUAUGGUAGAAAAUUAUUUUAUUUGGGCGUUUUAAUAAACUUAGUUUUAUUGUUUUUAUUUUGUAAAUUAAAUUUAUUAACAUUUUUUAUUAAAACCUUGAGUUGAUAUAAUUCCCCAAAGAAAUAUGUUUCCACAAAGAACUGCUCUAUCGUAUUGACUGCUUUGCUCUUUACACUCAAAAUAUCGAAACAGAGAGAAAAACCUGGAAAUCAACUCCUUGCGAAAAAAGAAGCAGUUGGAAAAACAUAAAAAUAACGAGCCAACAUAAAUCUCCAACGUCGAAAGAUUUUGGGGGGCAACAACAAAAGUAGGAGAGAAAAAAAAACCGUUAAGCGACACAAAUUGUUUGCGCUAUCGGACUUUCGCCGUGUAUAUAAAUAAAAAUAACUGGCCAAUUCGAGAGAUAAAUUACGGGGGGGUGGGAAGCUACUUCUAGCGGUAGUAAUUAAGAAGAAGCCAACUCACACAACAACAAAAACGUAAGUCUACAAGAGGGGAAAGGAAAUCGCAUUGGCAAAAGGGCGCGAAGAAUAAAACAACUAGUAAAUAGAGAAAAAAUACUAAGAAAGACUGAAAUUUAAAUUUAAAAUGUGUAUUCAUUCAAGACGGUAGCAUACAUCUUACGAAAGAUCAUAUUAAAUUAAGGCAUCGGAGUGAAACGCAGAAAACAAACAUCAAGACAGAGUAAGAACCAUGUGAAAUACAAAAAAAAAGUCGACCGCUUAAUUUCGAGUUAGUUUACAAAAAUGAAACAUUCCAACAAGAGACGACCAGUUUUCUGUUUUUAAUCGAGCCAACGUUUGAAUGUAAUAUAUCAGCAACUAAAAAAAAGUGCUAAAAAGACAGUCGAAAGCUGAUGGAGAAGCGGUAGGAGUUAAUAAAAUUUUGAAAAUUGCGUUGUUAUCAUCAAGAAUUAAAGAAAAAGUAAAGAAACCAUUGGGCUGUUUUAAGGCUUGUUGAGUUGAGCGUUUGAGGACGGAAACUGUAACUAAUAUUGUAAAAAGUACAAACUGAAACUGAAGAAUAAAAGACGGUAGAAGGGGAAAAAUCAACUGUAUAGAAUAGUGACUUGAACUUUUGUUGAUCAAAGUUUUAUAAAAUGUUUGAUUUUUAUCUGAUGUAAAAAGAGUCGAAAGAAUCUAGUGCUGUACAGAAAGAAAGACAUUCUCUUAUUAGAGGGUAAACUUUGAAGAAUAAAAUGCUACCAAACUCCGCGUGAAACCAGUUCAGUUGGACGAGUUUUAGUGUACAUAUGAUUUGCUGAAUUACUUUCCUGAUUAAAAUUAAUAAAAGAAGAAAAAACACUGAAGUAGGUUCUCAGUUUUUGCUGCUGUAACAUAUAGAGAGAGAAAAAUUAGAAAGUUGUUAGUAUUUAUUACAAUGCAGUACAUACAUUCAGAAGGGGAUAACAAAAACGAAUAUUUAUUCAGUGAUUGCAAAUGAAAAAAAAAACAACCUUACUAAUCAACACAAAAGCUGAAAGUGAAACUAAGAUUAGCCAACAAUUUCUGCUGAACCAUGCUCGACACGGCGGUGUGUGUGCAAGCGCGGGAAGUUUUGCAUCGUAAUAUUAAGGAAGUCUUUGAUCAUAUUCAUAUACAUAGACAAUUUGCGCGACGAGGACGCUUGGAAUGGAAAGGAAACCCUGCAAAGGAAUUAUUUGGCACAACUUUGGGUUGAGCUCUGGGUAUUCUCGUUGUGAGGGUUGUGAAUCGUUUGUUGUGGAAUGUUUAAGUUUUCGUGAGUUUUUUCUUUGAAAUUUCCGAUUUUAUUUAAUUUGGAAAGCUUUGAAAAUAUUAAGACAAAACAAAAUAAACAAGCAUUGAAAAGAAUGUGGCUUAGAAAUGAUAAAUUAUGUGUUUAAAACCUUAUAAAACCAAAAAAAAACAUUUCAGUUACAAGAAGAGCUCCGGUGAAAGGUCCGACAGCAAGUUUGUACUGGUUUGACGUUUGCUGAGGGUCCCCAAAGUGAAGUUAUGUCACUACUUGCAUACGUCAAUGACAUGACAACAUUUUAAAAUGACAGUUCACAUCCAGCAUCCCCUCCAUGGUAUUAACAGAAGACAGAUAUGCUGUGAUUGAGGUCAGCAAUUCACAGAUUGUACGAAAUGUCAAGCAAAUGCUCUUUGCAUCAUUUUUGAUAUCGGAGAAACCAUGCCAUGUUUCAUUUUACCAUAUCUGAUCGUUCUCUCAGGAACGCAAUGAAUGUGCAAUAAAAAUACGGAAGUAAAACUUAAAUUCGUCAAAACUAAGAUCGAUGAGAGAUCGUUGUUGAUUUUUUGUCAGAAUGUGAACUGCAGAACACUUGAACACCACAAAUUUCAACGUCAAGAACAUUCCAACUUUGCACGUGUUUUGGUUCUCCUGUCAAGCUGCCAACUUCUAGACAAGCAUCAAAUGACAGCUGAAGCUGAAAAAUGUUUGCUUACACUCUCACGCGAGAGUAGUGAAAAGUAAUUAAAAAUUAGCCAGUAAAUUUAACACUUUUUCGCUUCAACGGAAUGAUGCUUAUUUUUUCCUUUUAUGUUCAAUUUGAAUCGUACAGUUUGUUUUAUUUUCAGAACAAACUUUAAUCAUUGUUAAGGCAGAUUCCACUCCUCAAAGCUAUUUAAGUUAAAACAACCGAUGCACUAAUCCACACCAAAGUUCGAAAUUAUCAGACCGUGUAUAAAAUAAGCGACCAGAAAGAAAUAAAUCUGACAUUGUUUGGUUAUAAUUUGUUUGACAUACAGAAAACCAAAGUAUUAUUAUAGAUUUGCUUUGCCCAAAAACUAACUCUUCAUUUACGCACAUGCAUUGGCAAUAAAAUUAAGCGCAGAAAAAGUUGGAAGAGUGCGACAAAACAAGGGACAAGCAUAAUUGCAAAUGGUUAUUUACUGAACCCAGAAAUAAAAUGAUAGCGUUAGGCUAAACAUUAAAAAAAACAAAUUCGUCGCACCAUAUGAGGUGGCGCCGCCAUGCGGUUGAGAGACCAAUCAUUAAGUUUGUAUGCUUUUUUGCUUGAACGUUGAGCGAAGAAAAAAAGUAUGUCAGAGUGGACACGAUUUUAUUUAACCCAGCUCUGCUCCAUAAAAAAAUAUGAUCUGUGAUGGCCACCGACCACCCAAAAACAACAAAACUUGAGUCGAGCAAGCAGUCUUCAUCUCGCUUUCGAAAUUAUUCGAAGGGAUUUUGUGAAAAUCCUUCGCCAAAAUGCCGCAAUUGAGGAAAAAUGCUAAGCGCUUUAAGUUCCCCAAGAAAAAGAAACCGCAUGAUACGUAAAGGAAAAACACAUUAGUAGGAAUCAAAAAAGAUCAGUCACAUCUUCAAAAAUGGUGGCCAUCUUUUGCUAGAAUUAAAGAAAACAAAGUCUUAUACAUUUUCUUCUUUAUCUUAUAAAAUAAUACAGUACUAUACAAAUCUUUCUAAUGAAUUCUAAAACACAUAAAAAAGAACAAAAAUAUACACAGUAUAUCGGAAAGGUAAGGGAAAAAACGGAACGAUGCUUAUUACAAAAAAAAAGUUAAAACUAACACAUGCUUUUAUUUGAGAAAAAGCAAUCACACGAUACUCGAAUCAGAAUCAGAAAAGCCUUCAUGCUGCGUUGAAAAUAUGCUAGCAAAAUUUAAAAAAUACCCCCACAAAAAAAAACACGUGGUCAUACAAGGGAAUGCAGUGAAGGUGAAAACUUGGCUUGAUUCAAAAGUUCAGUUUCCAGAUCCUGAAUUGAAUUGGCAAGGGAAAAUCCAGCAAGCGCAAGUGAUUGAUAACUUCCACACUUCCAUGACAUCAACUGCCAAGCGAAAAGAGGAUAAUUUUGAACAGGAAAGCGAGAAAGAAAGAAACGUUAAAUUUUAAGUUCACGCUCUAACUCGUUACGUUUUGUUACAAAUGUGUGAAUAUAUGCCGACCGAUACUCUCUAUUAGUAGACGACUUUUUCUAUUACGAAAAGACACACAAACACUCACACACACAAAAUAUGAGCGAAUAUAUUAAAAUGCGAGAAUAUUAUUAUAGUAAUUAUAAAAUGAAUAACAAACGAGCAGAAAUUCCAGAACAGCAUAGUAGUUAUUGAUUUCUGCAUUUAUUAUAUACAUUAUCUACCAAGAGAAACAAGUGAAGAAAUCUACCAAAAGAAGAUAAGCAAAAAAAAACAUCAAGUUCGAAUAUUUCGUGAGAAUGGCGUGACAAAAUGAGCUGUGGGAAAAAAGGAAAAAAAAACUCGUUCCACAUUCAACAGUGAAUGAACAAGACAUGACACACAAAAGAAUAAUUAAGUGAAGAAGAAAAAUAUUACGCAUAAGGCAAACCCAGAACAUGAUGAAAACAACUAGAAAAAUGUAAUAAACUUUCAAAUUAGAAAUAAAACAAUUAAAAAGUUGA